AUGCAUUCCCCUCCAUCUGAUGCCACAGUACCAAACUUCACAGUGGGAUACACAGCAUGCCCACAGCCGUUGACGUCUUCGUAUUCGCUGCCGCAGCCUGUACGCCAUCAUUCCGAGACAGAGCCUGCAGGCGCACACGAUAGAGCUGGUAAGGGCCACGGUGUCACAUACAACACACGGGGUGAUGAUGACAACACACACGAGGCUACGGGUAGCAGUCACACCAACACAGACGACAAACACGUUAGUGCAAGCAACAAGAACAUCGGUAUAGGCGAGACACGCGCUGAUGCAAACAAUAGACGCGAAGAUGCAUGUGAACGUUGA